AUGAAGUUCAACGUCUUCCGCAUCCUGGGCGAUGUCUCGCAUACGUCAUCGAAGCUCAUUCUGAUAUGGGCCAUUCACUCCAACAGCAGCGCUGAGGGUGUCUCGCUCAUCACACAAGCUCUCUAUGCACUCGUUUUCUGCACGCGCUAUCUCGACAUUUUCACAUCAUCUGCGACGGCAGAUGGCUGGCACACAUGGAACUUCACGCUAAAGGUGUGUGCAGUGAUGAGAGCUGCACACAACAUGAAUUGUGCUGACCGCUAUCAGAUCUUCUACACGCUGUCCUCACUGUACAUCAUCUUCCUUAUGACCAGCGUAUAUGCACGCACACGGGAACGAGAAAAGGCAUGGAAGUUCGGUCUCUACUGUCUGGCUGGGGCUAUUGUCAUUGCGCCGUUCUGGUACCUCAUCUUCCAGAAGUGGAUCAUCAGACACAACACUUUCAUGGGACUACUUUGGGUUUUCUCUGAGAUACUCGAAUCCGUCUGCGUGAUACCGCAGCUGCUGUUGCUCCGCCAGACCACCGUCCCGACCGUCAUCGAUUCCUACUACCUCGUCACGCUCGGCACAUACCGCUUCAUGUAUGUCCUAAAUUGGAUUGUGCGCGGCGCCAACGAGCCCGCAUAUGCGGACCCUACAAGCUGGAUCUGGGGCUCUAUCCAGACCGCACUCAUGGUCGACUUCGCAUGGGUCUACUACACACGGCAGCGCGUCAAGUUACGAAGAGGCGGCGUGGUCGACUCGGAAGAUUUGGGACGCGGCUGGCUCGUCGGUCGCUUGGCCGGUGGGCGCAAGAGCGUGGACUUUGACUUUGACGAGGAAUCCGCGCCACGCAACGAAGAACCUGAGCCAGCGAACAAGUGGGGAAGGCGCGGCAUCUCGGUGUCCGCAGAUGAAGGCGUCGAGGGCGCGCCGAAGAGAAAGAGCCCGGCGGCAGGCAGUGUGGACCCAGAGAGUCAGCCUCUGACCGACCCCGCUGCUUUUGAAGAUGAGAGCGACGAUGAUGCGCCACCGCCGGCUGCUUCGGGAAGCUCUGCAGUCGCGCAUGACAGCGGCGUCAGACGAGACGAGUGGGACGACGACGUCGACGACGACGCGACGCCACAUGAUGGAGCAGCCAAAUAA